AAAGCUGUUCAUUCCCUGUCUAUGUCACUGGGAGUCGCCACAAGAGGGAGGGACUUAAGCACCGAGGGACAAUGCUUGUGUUUGUGCAACGGCCCCCGAGAGGCGGCGGGCUCUGUUGGAUCUCUUGUGCCUGACUACGGCUGCUGCACAUAUUGUCAGCGUGCAGAGGGGGAAGCGGACCACUUGAUCCGACUGGUCAAUGCACUGACAGAGUGGAAGGGUUUGAAUAGAGCAGGGUUGAAAAAAAGUAGUGCUGAAGAGAAAGGCAUGCUCAGAAUGCUACUGGCUUCAGAAAAGACAGAGCGAGAGGAAGAGAGAUGGACAUUGAAAAGGGAGGAUGUGAGUAUGCCGGAGGAAAAGAGAGAAUGGAACCCCAAAUGAGAGAGGCUGUAAAGGUUGGCACAUCGUGCCAGAAGGCUGGCCGAUAAGUCGCGGACGGUUUGUGUGACACUUUUGCAGCAGAGAGAGAAGAAUUGGAGAAAAUCAUUUAAAGUUUGGCCAAAAUGGCCGAGAAGAAAGUGAGUCUCCCUGCUAAGCUGAUUAAUGGGGGUGUGGCUGGACUGGUGGGCGUGACCUGCGUGUUUCCCAUUGAUCUCGCCAAGACCCGCCUCCAAAACCAGCAGGGUGCUCAUGUUUAUAGUGGAAUGCUGGACUGUUUGGCAAAGACGAUCAAAAUGGAGGGCUACUUUGGCAUGUACCGGGGUGCAGCUGUGAAUCUUACACUGGUCACUCCGGAGAAAGCCAUUAAACUGGCUGCCAAUGAUGUCUUCAGACAGAAGCUCUCCAAAGAUGGAAAAUUAGCUCUGUGGGGGGAAAUCCUUGCGGGCUGUGGAGCCGGAACCUGUCAGGUGGUAGUCACCACCCCCAUGGAAAUGCUAAAAAUACAACUGCAGGAUGCUGGAAGGUUGGCUGCUCAGCGGACUGUCGCUGCCCCUGCCUCUACCGCUGGUCCGACCCCCUCGCUGGUGGCCUCUCGGGCAGCACAGCCGGGCACCAACGCCCGUCCUCAACCUUCAGCGACCCGUAUCACCCUAGAGCUACUGAAGACUCGAGGCCUCGGGGGGCUUUAUAAGGGAGCAGGUGCUACUUUGAUGAGGGACGUCCCGUUCUCCAUGAUCUACUUCCCGCUGUUUGCCAACCUCAACGCCGUGGGCCGCACUAAUGAUUGCCAUAGCAGCCCCCAGGAGCGGGCCCCCUUCCUGCAGUCUUUCGUGGCUGGCUGCACGGCCGGCUCAGUGGCAGCAGUAGCUGUCACUCCCAUGGACGUUAUAAAGACCCGUCUGCAGACCUUACAGAAGGGGGAAGGAGAGGACUCCUACAGAGGCAUCCUCGACUGCGUACGGCGUGUUAUAAAACGAGAAGGACCAUCUGCAUUUCUUAAAGGGGCAGCGUGUCGAGCUUUGGUCAUCGCUCCGCUCUUUGGCAUCGCUCAGGGCGUGUAUUUCCUGGGCAUCGGCGAGCACGUGCUGGGGCUGCUGGGAUAGUGGCAGGUGACGUUACCUCAGUCAUCAUACACUCGGUACUGUUCCUACAUGGGCCAAGGUAUGAAGAUGAGAGAUGAAGGAAGACGUGGCUAAAAGAAGAUCAAAUGAUGAUAAAAGAAGCUACCCGACUGUAUUUGCGAUGAGGUUAAUAUGGAGGGAAUUUCACAUUACUAACCAAAGGAGGUUCAGACACUUUGGGAGAAGAGAGGAAGGUUAUGUAACGUUAACAUAAAAGCCUAUAUUGCACACUAACCAUGUUUAAGUACCCAAAAACAGGGUUCUUUAGGUAAGACAGGGUCCUGUUCUGACUAAUCUGGAAGGUUUUUUUGUCCAAUUAAUAUUGUUUUUAUGUCUUUAAAGUCCAUAGCUACAAUCAGUUUUAAGCCAACGUGAUUCGUGAUAAUCAAUUUAACGGUUGUGAACAAGGUCGAUGUGUAUUUAAAAAAGGCUUGAAGCCCAUUUUCACCAAGGAAUAAAAAACAAUGAUAAUUGUAAUUUUUUAUCAUAUGAUUCAGAAUUUUUUCCUUGCAAUUCUAAGAAAGAAAAGUCAGAAUUUCGCUCAGAAUUUUGAGUUUACGUCUCACAAUUCUGUUUUGUUUUUCCCCGCCACCAAAUAAAAUUUUUAAAAAGGUAAUUGUGUGUUUAUCACAGUUGUGAGGAACAGCCUUGCAACUCUUUACAUCUCACAAUUCUGACAACAAUCCAUGUUUUUGUCUCACAAUUAUAAGUUUAUAUCUUGCACUUUUGACUUUUUCUCUGAAUUCUGAGUUUACAUCUCACAAUUUUUCGCCACCAAAUGAAAAAAUAAAAAAGAUAAUUUGAUUGUUUCUCACAAUUCUGAGUUUAAAUCUUGCGGUUCUGUUUAUAUCUCUUAAUUCUGCCUUUUUCCUCAAUUCUGAUUUUAAAUCUCAAAAUUGGGACUUUUUUUCUCUGAAUUCAGAGUUUACAUUUCGCACUGUUUUUUUUUUACACCAUUGGAAAAAAUUUUUAUUGCGGCUGUUUCUCACAAUUCUGACUAUUUAUUUUGUUUAUAUCUCACAAUUAUGCUUAGAGUUCUGACUUAACAGCUGAAUUGUGAAUUGUUUUUUAUUUAUUUUUUCAUAGAAGUCUGUUUUCACAUCUCAGAAUUGGGACUUUUUUCUCUGAAUUCUGAGUUUACAUUUCACAAUUAAUUUUUUUUUUCCCACCACCGAAUAAAUAAAAAAGGUAAUUUAUCUCAGAAUUUUGAGUUUGUCUCACAAUUGCAAGAAAAAAGUGUGAAUUAAGACAUGAAUUCAGAAUUGCCAGAAGAAAAAAAAUCCCAAUUAUUAGAUUUCUAUUAUUCUGUGGCAAAAAUGGGCUUCCAUAGAGAGGAGACGUGAAUCAAAGAGAGGAUAUCUGUAUAAUCUAAAUCAAUGUUUUGGCUUUCUUCUGCUGAUAACCACCAUUUAAACAGCAAAAAUGAGCAGAAACUGGGUUUAGCGUUUGCCGACCUAUUCUGGCAGCUGCUUUAAUUCUCGUCUCUCAGUAAAUCUCAGUCUCUACUUGUGAAGAAACUGCUGGACACUGCAGCGGAGGCCUUGUCUUUCUAUUACAUGUUCCUCUGCGGGUCAAAAUUCCUUGUAGGUAAUAUAAUGUUGACCUAAUAUUUUUUAACGCUUCUUUAAAUGAUUUUGUUGAGUGCACAGUAAAUUAAAAAUCCAACAAAGCCUUAUCUUUCCCACUCGAGUUUUUCAAUGAAAAAGAACUAAAUAUAAGUACCAGUGGCUUCUUAUGUAGAGAACUGAUUUUGCUGGAGUUUUGUUUUUUCACAUUCGGUAGAAAAAGGUACAGGGAAAAAUGGAGAAAUUAGAUCUUGAAUAGUUUAAUUAUGAGUGUACUUCUGUAAAAAGAAACAACAAAAGCAGACAAAUGCAAGAUAUUUCUGUUUCAAGUACAGUAUUUUAAUAAUACAGAGAAAGAGAUAUUUUUUAAACAUGUGUAGUGUCAUAUACCUGAAAGACAAGACUUGAUUUCUGCGAAAAAUAAAUAUCUCAGAGGUAUAUUCAUAUGUUAUACUAAAUAACUGUAAUGAACAACAUUCAAUCGGUAUUAAAUAUGCACGACUGAUACAGGCCUCUUUGUUUAUUAAAUCACUGAAGAGUU